UCUAUCCGGCGAGAUUAUCAGCUGGGAGAGAUGAGCGCGAGCCUGAGUGAGCAGUAUGAGGAGAAGGUGCGUCCGUGCAUCGACCUGAUUGACUCUCUGCGCGCGCUCGGUGUGGAGAAGGACCUCGCGCUGCCCGCCAUCGCCGUGAUCGGAGACCAGAGCUCGGGGAAGAGCUCGGUGCUGGAGGCGCUGUCCGGAGUCGCGCUGCCCCGCGGGAGUGGUAUCGUGACAAGAUGUCCACUCGAGCUGAAGAUGAAAAAGGGCCAGGAGGAAGACUUCUGGCAUGGGAAGAUCAAGUACAAGAAAGAUAAUGAUCAAGAUUAUGAGGAAGAGAUCGACGAUCCAGCAGAUGUGGAGAAAAAGAUAAGGGAAGCACAAGACCAUAUGGCUGGGGUCGGCGUGGGCAUUAGUGACGAGCUCAUCAGCCUGGAAGUGACAUCAGCUGAUGUUCCUGACCUCACACUCAUCGAUCUGCCUGGCAUUGCCCGCGUGGCAGUCAAAGGCCAACCAGAGAACAUCGGAGAACAGAUUAAGAGGCUGAUCCGAAAGUUCAUCACAAAGCAAGAAACCAUCAACCUGGUGGUGGUGCCGUCUAACGUGGACAUCGCCACUACUGAAGCGUUAAAGAUGGCUCAGGAAGUUGAUCCAAGUGGCGAGAGAACCCUUGGCAUCCUAACAAAGCCUGACCUGGUGGAUAAAGGCACCGAGGAUACAGUAGUGUCCGUCAUCCACAACGAAAUCAUUUACCUCACUAAAGGCUACAUGAUCGUCAGGUGCCGAGGGCAGAAAGAGAUCAUCGACCGCGUCUCUCUGCAAGAAGCCACUGAGAAGGAGAAGGACUUCUUUAAAGACCACCCACAUUUCAGUGAGCUGUAUGUGGAAGGCAAGGCCACCAUUGCCAGACUGGCAGAGAAGCUCACGCUUGAACUCGUCAAUCAUAUUGAGCGGUCUCUGCCACGACUGGAAGAGCAGAUUGAGGCGAAGUUGGCUGAAACUCAAGGUGAACUGGAUCGUUAUGGCUCAGGGCCUCCUACAGAACCAGGAGAGAGGAUCUUGUUCCUGAUUGAUAAGGUCACAGCGUUCACUCAGGAUGCCAUUAACCUCACGACUGGAGAGGAGCUAAAGAAUGUCCAAAAUCUCAAUGUCUUCUCAAGCCUGCGGAGGCAGUUUGUUCUCUGGAAGACUCAUUUGGACAACUCAGGAUACACGUUUAACAUUAAGAUUGAGAAAGAAGUGAAGGAGUAUGAAGAAAAAUACAGAGGCAGAGAACUGCCAGGAUUCAUCAAUUACAAGACCUUUGAGGUGAUGGUGAAGGACCAAAUCAAGCAGCUGGAGGAACCUGCCAUCAGGAGACUGAAGGAAAUCUCAGAUCUUAUUAGGAAGAGCUUCAUUCAACUUGCUCAAUACAGCUUCGUGGGCUUCCCUAAUCUCCUCAAAACGGCAAAGACUAAGAUUGAGUCCAUAAAGCAGGCGAAAGAGUCAGAGGCUGAGUCAAUGCUGAGGACUCAGUUUAAGAUGGAGCUGAUCGUCUACACUCAAGACAGCAUGUAUAGCAACACCCUGAGCAUACUGAAGCAGGAGGAGGAAGAAUAUCCUAGUGCUACUUCAUGUAGUUUAUACAAUCAGUCAGACAACAGAGCCACUCUUGAGGAACUGAUGCGUCACCUCAAGUCUUAUUACAGCAUUGCGAGUAAGCGUCUGGCUGACCAGCUGCCGCUGGUAAUCAGAUACCUGCUGCUGCAAGAGUCAGCAGUGCAGAUGCAGAGAGAAAUGCUACAGCUCCUGCAGGACAAAGGCAACACAGAUCAGCUGCUGAAAGAAGAUUAUGACAUCGGCAGCAAACGCAACAACCUGCAGAGCCGCCUGAAGCGUCUGUCGGAGGCCCGCAACUACCUGGUCAAGUUUUAGAGCCGCACAUAGUGUCUAUUUUGGAAAUGACGUUACUGUUGAUUACUUUAAGGCAAGAGAAGAUAGAAGAAACAAAAUGUAGAUUAUAUGAACAUGUUUAUUUAUGCUGUAAUAAACUGA